UUUAAAAAUGUUUCUUUAGUGCUCGUAAAAAUGAAUAAUGAUACCAACGACGUGGUUAAUAUAAAAAUUCCCAAAACUUAUAUAGAGUUUUGAAAAUUUCAAAUGUGUGUCCACACAACACUUUUAACCUACUGAUUGGGAUAACCGCAGAAAUUCAUAUCUAGGUGAACGCUACGCAAGUCAGUCGUGUGAGAAGUGAACUGUAAGAAAAUGUUUGUCAACUUGUCUUGAAGUCAACUCUCUUCCUCGUCAUCUAAGGUUACGACAACCAAGAAAUGAUUUAGUAGAACUUAUUAUUGAUUAAUCUGGCCAUGAGUCUCGCAAGGAACAUUUGAUGUAAAUUAGUAUACUAUUAAAUAACAAACACGUUCAACAUCUCCAUUCCUUCACCUUCAUAUAUUAGUAGGUUUAAGGAGUCAUUUUGUUUCAUCUGCUUCUUCUUAGCUUUUGUGCAAAACAAUGGCAGCAACCAUCAGCUUUGACUUUCAAAACUAUCUCCUCAUAAUAUUCCUAUGCUCUUUGGCAGCCAUAUAUAUUUUUGCUCGCUUUUUCAAGAAACCAAAAGAUGGUUUUGAUCUGCCCCCGAGCCCUCCUUCUCUGCCCAUCAUUGGUCAUCUUUACCUUUUCCUCUCUCCUCUAAUCCACAAGUCCUUGCAGAGAAUCUCCAACAAGUAUGGACCUCUUCUUCAUCUCCGUAUCUUCAACUACACUAUACUCCUUGUAUCCUCUCCCACAGCGCUCUACGAGAUCAUCAAGGCCCAUGACGUGAACAUGUCGUCUCGAGGCCUAGCUCCGUUCAAAGAGUCGCUCACUUUUGGAACUUCCGGCUUCGUCAUGGCUCCUUAUGGAGACUACUGGAAGUUCAUGAAGAAGCUAGUGGUCAUGAAUCUGACUGGAAUGCAAACACAACAGCAGUCACGAAGCGCCCGUGCGGUUGAGGUAGAGCGGUUAUACAUGAAGCUGCUAGAUAAGUCUAGGAAGAAGGAGAGCGUUGACAUUCAUAAGGAAGUAAAAGGACUCGUUAGCAACAUCCUCUUCAAGAUGACCUUGGGAAGGAGUUGCUUAGAGGAGAACAGUGAAGCGGAGAAAGUCACACAACUGUCUGACCAGAUAUUUAUCUUGUCGAAGAAGCUUUUCUUGGCACAUAUUCUGAAAGAGCCGCUUGAGAAGAUUGGGAUCUCACUGUACAGAAAAGAGACAAUGAGUGUUUCCGACAAAUUAGAUGAGCUGUUGGAGAGAAUUAUUGGAGAACGCAAAGAGAAACUAGACAAGGAUCAAGGCACGGACUUAUUGGACACAUUAUUGUCAGCUUAUCGAGAUGAAAAUGCAGAGUACAAGCUCACUAUGAACCACAUCAAGGCAAAAAUAAGCUUUUUUGUAGAACUUUUCGUAGGAGGCACUGACACGAGUUCAUCAACAAUUCAGUGGAUAAUGGCAGAGAUCAUUAACAGCCCUAACACUCUUAGGAAGCUAAGAAAAGAAAUUGAUUCGGUUGUAGGGAGAACAAGGAUGAUUCAAGAAACCGAUCUACCAAAACUGCCUUUCUUAGAAGCGGUGUUUAAGGAAGGGCUAAGACUACACGGGCCUUCGCCUCUCUUGAUAAGGAAGUUCCAAGAAGGGUAUAAGAUCAGAGGAGGGUUCUACAUACCGGAGAACACAACACUUGUAGUCAAUGCUUAUGCUAUAAUGAGAGAUCCAAAUUUCUGGGAAGAUCCUGAUGAGUUCAAGCCAGAGAGGUUUAUGGGUGAUUUAAAACCAGAAGAAGAGGCGAGAAGAGAACAAGCACUGAGAUACAUUCCUUUUGGGAUUGGAAGGAGAGCUUGUACUGGGGAAAAACUAUCUGGCAUCUUUGUACGAACAGUAAUAGGAGUGAUGGUGCAGUGCUUUGACUGGGAAAUUAAAGGAGAUAAAGUUAACAUGGAAGAGGCUGGUGGAAGAAUCUUCUUGGGCAUGGCUCAUCCCCUUGAGUGCACUCCUUCUCCUCGAGCCCUAAACCAUCCUUUACCUUCCCAUUUGAUAAGUUCGAGCUCCACUUAA